GCCUGUGUGAUGGAUGAAGGGUUCAGAGGGAUGAGGCAUAAGGCCAUCACUUCCCAGGAGACAGCUGGUUUCGGGUCUCUAAACCACACGGAGGGCUGUUCCAGCACAGCUGGAGAAACCAGCCCUGGGCAGGCUUGCAGAAGAGUUGGGUAUGUUUAGUUUCUAGAGGACAUUUGUUUUUUUUUUCGAACUCUUCUCUCUCUCUGCUGAAAUCUGGCAGGCGUUAGUCAUCCGCUGCUCAGCACGAACCCACAAGUGUGCUCGUCUGGCUCUGCGGGCUUCCUCCCGGAGCCCCGCCCUCUUGCUCGCACUGCCUCUAGAGAGAGCCUGGGGUGCCCUGGGGUCUUCGGGCGCUCAGCAUCCCCGGCUGCACAGGAUAAACCCUGGGCUCUGUGCAAGUGCCUGGCGCAGGAAAGAAAGUUGUAAAGUGCCGCGAGGAGUUGGGCGGUCCGAGGAAGGGAGGCGGAAGGGGAGGACUCGGCUGAGUUCCCGCGGCGAUUGUGGUGUCCCGCAGCUCACCACAGCAGCUAGACGUCAGCUCUCCGGUCCGGGAUAGGCGCUAGAGACUCGACCGGAGGUCGGGAGGAACUUAUCCAGCGAGUUGUAGCCUCGGGCCUUAUUGUCUGCAGCAACUCUCCGAAAUCCGGAGGGGGAGGACUGCAUCGCGCGCCCACUGGGAUUUGUCCAGAGUUCCGGCGGCAGCUGUGACGGCCGCAGAGACUCCCUUUGUCCUCCCAGGACCUCCCUCUCUCUUAUUCUUGGUGGCAGCAUCCGGGUGGCGCUGAGCCUGAAUCGUUAGUCCCAAUCUCUCUCAGCCUCUGACCCGGGGGUGAGUCCCUGGUGACUCCGCCUCUUCGCAUCUCUGCUCUCCCGAUCCAGGAGCCCAGACCCCGGAGCUCCGAGCCCUGAGCCCAAGGGGCUGUGAAUCAGAGGGAGCUGCGGGGCCCCGGCCGCAGGAUGGUGGCGGGUCAGUCCCGGGCGCGCAGCCCUGGGAGCUGGCUGAUCCCUGGCCUUUGGCUGCUGGCUGUGGGCGGUCCGGGGUCGUUGCUGCACGCCCAGGAGCAACCCUCUUGCAAAAAAGCCUUCGAUCUGUACUUCGUUCUGGACAAGUCUGGGAGUGUGGCAAAUAACUGGAUUGAAAUUUAUAAUUUUGUUCACCAACUUACAGAAAGAUUUGUGAGCCCCGAAAUGAGAUUGUCCUUCAUUGUGUUUUCUUCUCAAGCAACCAUUAUUUUGCCAUUAACUGGAGACAGAUACAAAAUUGGUAAAGGACUGGAAGAUUUAAAAGCUGUUAAGCCAGUUGGAGAGACAUAUAUCCAUGAAGGACUAAAGCUUGCAAAUGAACAAAUUCAAAGUGCAGGAGGCUUGAAAACCUCCAGUAUCAUAAUUGCCUUGACAGAUGGAAAACUGGAUGGCCUGGUACCAUCAUAUGCAGAGAACGAGGCAAAGAAGUCCAGGACACUUGGCGCGAGUGUGUAUUGCGUUGGAGUCCUUGAUUUUGAACAAGCUCAGCUGGAAAGAAUUGCUGAUUCCAAGGACCAAGUUUUCCCUGUCAAAGGUGGAUUUCAGGCUCUUAAAGGGAUCAUCAAUUCUAUAUUAGCUCAAUCAUGUACUGAAAUCCUGGAAUUGAGUCCUUCAAGUGUCUGUGUUGGGGAGAAAUUUCAAGUUGUCCUGAGUGGAAGAGCGGUCACAUCCAACAGUCAUGAUGGCAGUGUUCUCUGCACAUUCACUGUGAACAGCACAUAUUCAAAGAGUGAAAAACCAGUACUCGUUCAGCACAGUUCCAUACUUUGUCCUGCACCUGUCCUGAACAGAGCUGGAGAAACUCUUGAAGUUUCAAUCAGCUUUAAUGAUGGGAAGUCUGCUGUCUCAAGAUCUUUAACAGUCACAGCUACAGAAUGUUCUAACGGGAUCGCAGCAAUCAUAGCUAUUUUGGUGUUGUUGCUGCUCUUGGGCAUCGCUUUGAUGUGGUGGUUUUGGCCCCUUUGCUGUAAAGUGGUUAUCAAGGAUCCUCCUCCACCACCUUCUGCACCAAAAGAGGAGGAGGAAGAAGAGCCUUUGCCCAACAAGAAAUGGCCGACUGUGGAUGCGUCCUAUUAUGGUGGUCGAGGAGUUGGAGGAAUUAAAAGAAUGGAGGUCCGCUGGGGAGAUAAAGGAUCUACUGAGGAAGGUGCAAGGCUAGAGAAAGCAAAAAAUGCUGUGGUGAUGAUCCCCGAAGAAGAGACACCCGUCCCACCGAGACCACCUCGACCCAAACCCACACACCAGACCCCUCAGACAAAGUGGUACACGCCAAUUAAGGGUCGUCUGGAUGCACUCUGGGCCUUGAUCUUGAAGCAGUAUGACCGGGUGUCCUUGAUGAGACCCCAGGAAGGAGAUGAGGGCCGAUGCAUAAACUUCUCCAGAGUUCCCCAUCAAUAAAAGGAGAGCACAAACAGUGAGAAGAGAAGACGGCACAUCUUCGUGAUGCCGAUUUCCAACAGAAUGGACAGUCCAGUGCAUCUCAGAAGUUCUUGGAACAGCAAGCACCCCAGUCCCUCUGUGUCAGGAAAUGUUUUCUCUGCCUUCUGCUUUCUGUGCACCAAACAUUUUCAUACACUUCCUCUGCCAUCUACAUGAGAGGCGAUGAAACUCGGCCAUAACUCGUGAUUCAUGACACUGAAGAUACAGCGGAAUGCUAAUUUGCAUGCUACGGUUUAUGCAGAGCUCAUUUGAAUGUGUAAGAGGACAAAGCAGACAGUGAUGAUGCAAAGAUGAGACCAAAGCAAAGACUGAAAACCUACCAGCCUUGCGGCUCUGUAAUGGUGAAUGGUGCUUUUGACAUGGAUGUAGAGUGUGUGUGCUUUUGUUUGGCAAGAUCUUCAGUUACAUGCAGAUCAUGAAAUUUCCUUCCAGGCUAAACAAAUAAGGGAGUCAACUGCCUUGAAGCUAUGUCAGAUAGCUAAAGCCUUCGAAGUCCUCUAUUACUUUGUGCCUUACGGGAGAUUUCUGACUAGAAAAUCUUGUCACUGUUACACUGAAAGUGCACACGCAUGACAAAAUGUAGACGAGAUGCCUCAAGGUACUGGAUGCAAGCAGGAUUUUGCCCUUUAGUUUUCCAAGACACCUUUCUUUCAUUAUGCACUCGGGACAAGAGAAUUAAUAGAGCGUUAAUUCAACAGGAAGACCGCCUCCAACCAAAGACCUGGCGUGCAGCAUAAGGACUCAUGAUUUGAGACCUUGUCCCCAGACUGGUAGAUUUCCUUUUCUCAGUGUUUACGAUUUAGCAGUACGUAAAGCGUUAAUAUCUGUAAACACACCUAGGUGUUUGUUUGGCUUUUAAUUUAAGGAAGCAGUAGCCACCAAGCUUCCGCUCAGGGUUUUUUUUUUUUUUUUUUUCCUUCGUUCAAGUCUCCAAGGGCUCUUCAGCGUCACAAGCCAGCAACUCUCUUUGCAUGAAAAUUUCAAAGUUUAAUUAAUAUAAUUAAAGGCAACAGCAAGCAGCAGCCUGUGAAGACUUUGCUCAUCUUUUUUAUGCCUUUUGACAUUGAAUGACCUACCACUGUAUGCAUGUUACUUGGGUAUUGAGAAGCACCGCGCCUUGGUUGUGAUUCAGCCAUAGAAAAAGACUUCCUUUCUUCAGUUUAUAAAUUAAAAUCAGGAGGGGCGCCAUCGGGAAGCAUCGACAAUAUACGUACUAUAAAUUUUUAGAAAUAUCACCAUCGUGUCACAUCAACGAUGCCAAAUUAUGUUAGCGUGAGCAGAAACACGGUGGGGGAGGAAGGCGGCAGCAGCUGAAGGAAAUAGCUCAGAUGAUCUAGUCACUUUCGAUACUGUACUUCAGAUGCGAAAUGGAUAUUCGACUGGAAACCUGACAAAGCGCGCCUGCUUUGAUGGGAACUGGUAUAGACAAUGACCAGUGGCCGGGUCAGUGGGAUGUCUCUCUGUGAGCACAAAGGCUUAUCAAAUGACACUAAAAAUAAGUUCAACAACCAUCACUUUGGAAGGGAGAAGGCGAACAUUUUAUGUUUGGCGGGCAUGUGAGUGCACAAGACGGAAAAAGCGAUUUGGAGCAUCCCGGUAUAAUUACCCACAUUGUGCUCUUUAUGGAAAUUUCAAAGGGCUGCAGUGAUACUUUUGGUCAGUGUCCAGGUUUGUGGCAUUGCUCCAAGAAGCCUUACGCACACACACAAAUAUACAAAUGCACACACAUAUUCUCUAGCUUGAAUGUUUUUUGCUCAAGCUUAUUUAUAUCACUGACUGGCUGGAUCCAAAGUCACACUUUCACAUAUUAAAGAAUAAAUUUUUUUACCCAAGUCUUUGUUAUCAGUUUCUUUAAACUCACAUAGAAUUUAUACUCUCUUCGGUUGAAUACAUAACUCCUUGGUUAGUAACAAGAGAGAAUUCUAUUCAAUUGCAAAAUGUCCAGUGUUUCACAGUUUAUUCACAGUUGAUGUUAUGGGUACAAUCUAUGUGUGCACGGGCAAUGUGGAAGGCUGAUAAGUACACCCAACUCUCUCUGUGAGUAAGUCCUUGUAGGUAUUUGUCCUGUGUCUGUGUCUAGAGCAGACUUGUGGCUCCUUUCUCCAAUAGGCAACUUCCUUACUGAUGCAGGCAUGCCUUGUCCAUCAGCAAUAUUUUAAGAGCAUCAGAAAUACUACAGAAGCUCUGGAUAUGUUUCUUUGGUAACCACUUUAAAUUUUUACAGAACCAUGUAACAUAUUUGCACCAUGAGAAAUGUAAAUAAACCUCUGCCUUUAAAUGGCAAAAUAGCUUUCUUGAGAUUUGUUGCACUGGCUGGAGAUGUGUAGUAAAAAUACAACAAAGAGGUGUAAAUGAAGAGGGUGAGUCACGAGUCUAUACAUAGACUGAAAAAAGUAUCAUUCGUAAGGUUCAAAGACAGAUGGAAUUUCAUUGCCCUUAAAGUUAUGAACCAUAGUAAUGUUAUGCUUUAAUCGUGAAUCUUAACCAGAAAGGAGAAGAAUUUGUUUCUAAAAUUAAUCUUCUUGGCAAAGGACAUUGAAACUCUACAUGACACUUUUCAUCCAUAGCAAUAGCUCCCAUGUGAUUUAUCUGGACAUGAUGUCAGUUGAGAUCUCCUUCUUUGUACAAACAAAUGAGUCUUGUCCAUCAUCCAUUUGUGUUGCAUAAGGUUGCAAAAGCAAUUAAGUGGGAAAUGACUCCUAACUUAUGUGUCUCCUCUGCCUAGAAAGAAAGUUUUGAAGGCAUCUAUAUAUAUUUCAUAACAAUGUCUGUUCUUUAUGGAUUUGAUCCAUAAAUAUUUAUCUAUCUGAAAACUUUGAUACUUGGAAUGUUUUCCAUAAAGCAUUUGGUGCUCCAAGAAGAAACAUUUGGUGCUAAGAGUUGCAGCGCUGAUGCCUUCCCCCAAGUUAAUUCUAUUUUAAAAAAUUAUAUUUCCUUCCCAAUGAGAUGCAGAGUAAAACUCGAGAGUCUCCAUUGACUAAGGAGCAGCAUCUGUCAUCUAUGGUUAAUUACUAUUUUGUUAAGAGUGUGUAAGGUUUAAAACCUUAUAUUUCAAUUUGUUGGAAAGAUUUGCUUGUAUUUCCAAUGAACUUUGUUCUAAUUAUUUAAGUAACUGACAAAUCAUUCAUUUUUUAAAAAUAAAUUCUUGCUGGAUAUGUAA